UUCUCUGAGGUUUCUCCUGGUGGCGGGGCAGCUCUCGGCGUUUUGGGGGGGCUCCGGGCCGAGGUGAUCCUGACUGUGCCAGGAGGGCGCAUCUGGGGCAGACAUCCUCGAGACCGCUUGUGCUGAGGGCGGCUGGAGCGAGCGCCGGCGUCCGCAUAUGUGGUCAGCACUCAGCUCUCCUUUGGCAGGAAAACUAAGAAAGGAAAUGGCUGUGGAUUUGCUGGCUGCACGAGGGGCAGAGCCUGUGACGUUCAGGGAUGUGGCCGUGUUCUUCAGCCAGGAUGAGUGGUUGCAUCUGGACUCUGCACAGAGAAGCCUGUACCGGGAGGUGAUGCUGGAGAACUACAGCAGCCUGGCCUCACUGGGGAUCCAGGCUUCUGUACCUCGGGUGAUUGGCAGACUGCAAAAAGGACAAGAUCCCUGCAUAGAACGAGAAGACCCUGAAGACAGCUGCCUAGAUUUCCAGAUCUGGCCAGAGAUAGAAGCAUUGCCUCCCAAACAAGACAUUUUUAUUGAAGAACCAUCUCAUGGGCUAAUAAAGCAUGAGUCCACUGAGGGUGCUCACUGGAAGACCAACUUUGGAGAAGUUGUGAAAUCUGAGAGCCUAAUAGCACAGGAGCAAGAAAAGAAAGUUCAUGAGCAGGGGGCAGCUUCACCCAAGGAAACUGUCAGUGAAGAUGGAAAUCCCACAGGCCCCGAGCUGGGCAAGCCCUUGUUUAUAAAUAAAGGACUUGUCUCACAAGAGAGUGAUCCCCUAGAAAGGGUACCUGGUAUGGAUCGCACUUUGGAGAAAGAUUUACCACAGGAUUUUGAUUUCAUGAGAAGCUUCCAGAUUUACCCAGGACAAAAACCUUAUGUCUGCAGUGAAUGUGGGAAGGGUUUUAGCCAAAGUCUUCAUCUUCUUGAACACCACAGGAUUCACACUGGGGAGAAACCGUACACGUGUAAUGAGUGUGGGAAAAGCUUCAGCCAUAGGUCUUCUCUCCUGGCUCACCAGAGAACGCACACUGGAGAGAAGCCAUACAAAUGCAGUGAGUGUGAGAAAGCAUUCGGCAGCAGUUCCACGCUCAUCAAACACCUGAGGGUGCACACUGGAGAGAAACCUUACCGAUGCCGGGAAUGUGGGAAAGCCUUCAGUCAGUGUUCAACCCUCACUGUGCACCAGAGGAUUCACACUGGGGAGAAGCUCUAUAAAUGUGCCGAGUGUGACAAGGCCUUUAAUUGCAGAGCAAAGCUUCACAGACAUCAGAGAAUCCACACAGGUGAGAAGCCCUAUAAAUGUGCUGAGUGUGGGAAGGGCUACAGUCAGUUUCCAUCCCUAGCCGAACAUCAGAGACUCCAUACUGGAGAACAGCUUUGCCAGUGCUUACAGUGUGGGAGAACCUUCACACGUGUCUCCACCCUUAUUGAACAUCAGAGAAUUCAUACUGGACAGAAACCAUAUCAGUGCACCGAAUGUGGGAAGACCUUCAACCAGUAUUCAUCCUUCAAUGAACAUCGGAAGAUUCAUACUGGGGAGAAACUUUACACAUGUGAAGAAUGUGGGAAAGCCUUUGGCUGUAAAUCAAACCUGUAUCGGCAUCAGAGGAUCCAUACUGGAGAGAAACCCUAUCAGUGUAAUCAGUGUGGAAAGGCCUUCAGCCAGUAUUCAUUCCUAACUGAACACGAGCGAAUCCAUACUGGAGAGAAGCUCUACAAGUGUAUGGAAUGUGGGAAAGCCUAUAGUUACAGGUCAAACCUUUGUAGACACAAAAAAGUCCACCUUAAAGAAAGGCUUUAUAAAUGGAAAGAAUACGGGACACCUUUUAUCUAUGGCUCGUCCCUUACUCCAUAUCAGAAAUUUCUGAGAGGAGACAAGCCUGAGAAUUUUAAUUCAUCCCCCUAAUCCAAGACAGCGACCAGAAGAAUAGUAACUAGAGUUCAAAUCAAAUAGAUUUCAUCUUUUUUACUUGUACAAUAAAUAGUUACUACUAAGUCAUGGAGAGUAAAUAGUGAAAAUACAAAGAAUGGUGAUGUCAGCCGUUUAAGAACUAUUACACAGAAUUUUUUUAAAUCUAUCAUUUUUUAAAUUCAUAGAAAAAGUAUGAAAGGCCUCAUUUAAAAAACAAAAUACAUGAGUAACUAUUGCGUAUAAGCAUUGUGUCAUGAGAUAGUCAUCUCUUUCUGAGAACUUCUGUGUAUGAAUUUUCUUUUCAAGAUAGUCUCUGAAAUAGUUGAUAAUGUGGAGAAUUGUGGGGCCUCAGCCCCUAAAAUGGUGAGCUGGUAUAGAGAAAAACUCCUUUUCAUAAAGAGUCACUACAGAGGAAAAGAAUAAUUUGUUGUGUAACAACAAUAAAGCUCUUUAUGAAAUGCCCCUUAUACAACAUAUAUGUGUGGGUAUGUAUACACAUAUAUGACUCUUAUGUAUAUAUGGUCAUGUCACUCAACAGUGGGGAUACAGUUUGAAAAUGCUUCAUUGGACAGUUUUGUGUUUUAGAGGAACAUCAUUGCAUUUGCACAACCCUAGAUAGUCUGGGUCAGCCAAUCAGUGUGAUCUCUUGAGGUGAUUAACAUACCAUACUUUUUAAAAAAAUGUUGAGAUUAUAAUUUAAUUACAACAUUUUUCCUUUUCAUUUCUCCCUCCAAACUCUCCUAUAUUCCUCCCUACACUCCUUCAAAUGUAUGGCCUCUUUUCUCACUAAUUGUUAUGCAUGCAUACAUCCAUACUUUUUUACAGUAAUUUUUUUUUAUUGGUUUGCUUGUUUAUUUUAGAUAGGGUCUCACUAUGUAGCCUAGGAUGGCCUUGAACUCAUUAUGUAACCUGGUCUGGCUUUGAACUUGCAGUCUUGUUGCAUCAGCCUCCCACUACUGGGAUUAGAGUCUUGAGCCAUCAUGCUUGGUGUAAAUGUUGUUAGUAGGAUGUGUAUACUCUAAAAUAGAGAUAAAAGUAUAGUCCAGCAAAUGCGGAAACUAGUAAUGUAGUUUGUCACCAUCAUCAUGUGUCAUGUGCUGUACAUAGUUGUGUGUGCUGCAAUGUCAUCUGGCUGCCAGCACAAGUGAGUAUUGCAUUGUGCCCAAGGUGUUAUAAUGGUUAUAAAGUCAUGACAGCUCUGAUGUCAUUAGGCAAGUGGGAAUUUUCCAGGCCAGUUAUAGUCUAAUGAGACCACUGUGAUAUAUCUCGUCCUAUCAUUGACCACAACAUCAUCAUAGGCAAAUGCUGCAUGCACAUACUCACAUAUACAUGUGUAUAUGUGUGUGCCAAUGUGUGUACAUAUACACACAAAGAGUUUAAGAAUUGUUUUUUCUCCAUAGUCCUUAAUGACUAAAAAGACUCAGUUUACUAAUUUAGGAUUUACUUUUUCAAACUGAAUGUUUCCCCCAAAGGGAAACUUUGUUUUGCUCUCCUGUAUUUGUAGUGGAUCUGGUUCUUUAUAGCUGAAUAGAGUCUCAGAGCACUGUGGAAGUUGGCCUGAGCAGACACAGGGGCAGACUGCCAUGCAAACAGUACGUUGUAUGUUGUAGAAGGCCAGUGUUGACAGUCUCCUGCUAUGAGUCUAUUAGCACUUUAGGACCAGGAGGGAUUUUCAUUUAUAACCUUUCAAGAAUCAAGGUCUUCAGCUCUGAUGAUCUCUGAGAGUUACAGGUUCAUUUCUAUCCUCAAGGCUCAAAAACACUGUUUGUUUUGUAACCUGUUCAAAUGUUAGUGCUAGCAAUGUAAUCAGCUGUCUUUAGUUUCCCCAGCUCUGCUCUUAGUAGUGGAGUUGAGAACACGCCUCCUUUCCUUCUGUCUCUGAUUGUACCUGCUUCUGUAAUAACUGCUUAAAUUAUCAAAGCCAACGAAGGUCCCGAUGGAGGUAUUGCUUUGGUAUGCUUCCAUGUAAGGCUGCCUUUUUAUUACACAACUUGUAAUGCUUUUUUUUUUUCUUUGUAGUGCUGACGACUGAAUCCAGGGCCUUGUACAUGUUCAGGAGGAGCUCUACCACUGAGCUCUAUCUCCAGCCCUUAGGAUUCAAAUAUAAAGUUAGAGAGGAAUAUUUUAUAUUAAACAAUCUACUCAUCACCUAUUGUUUAUAUCUCCCCUAGUCCACUGGUUUGUCAUUUUAGAAAUUACUCUAAGAGCAUUAAUUAGACCCUUCUGUCUGAGGAAAGAGUUAGAAUUAAGCAGGCAUUCAGCAAAUGUUUCCUGAUUGACUUCUUUUGACUUAUCAGAGUAGUUUUAUGUGUUUGAGUGUAUUUGUAAGAAAAAUAAGGCUUCAAAUGAACCUCAGAAUUUCUUAUGUACCUAGUGGCCAUGAGCAUGCUCAGUGCCCACUUUUGGUUUGCAAAUGCCAUUCACCAUCAAAAGGAUUCAGGACUCCUUGAAGAAAUGACUGAUUUCAUGUUUGGAGCAGGGGGGAAUAUAAGUGAACCUAGAGUAUAUUCUUAUGAUAAAAAACCAUUUUAGAAUUAUUGAUAUAACAUAGAUGGACACAAGCACUAACUUGAAGGUGCAUCCUUUGACCAAACUUAGGAUAUUCCAAACAUCAACAAUACUCAUGACAGGAUUAAAUGUCAUAUUUUCAAAAGGCUAUGGAAAAAAACUUUAUUAGAGUUAUUUGAAGAAAGCCAUCUUUAAAUAUAUAGAAAGCAAUAAGCUUAGAAAAAUCAUUUAACAACUGUCAUUAUUAAGUCUGGCAAAAAAAAUUGAUUGAUGGUAAAACCUAUUACAUGAAAAAGAUUUGCAUAACCCCAAAAGAGCACAGCUAUGAGAUGCAGAAGAAGCACCUGCUUCCAAGCUCUGGUAGGAAGAUUCCCCUUCAUGCGAGCAGCAGCCAUUGUGACUUCUGCUGAGACCAUACAUGCACACUUUAUUAUUUAUGAGACACUGCCAAAACCAAUUAGUGGAAGUCUACAGAAAUCUCUUAUCUAGAUUUACCUUCCUGUUUACAAAGAAUUGAGAAUAACAAGUUAGAGUAUACAGUCAUAGACAAAUCUAGAGUUUGAGACAUUGGAAAUGAUCAUUGAGCUGUACUUUUCAAAUAGCCAAUAUGUUAGAACAAAAAGUGGGCUUUUUUUCAAGACACCUGAGACAGCCACAUGCAAAGUGUGAUCCUUUAUUGAGAGAAAUAGGAAAAAAAAACUGUAAAAGACAUUUGGGGGAUAUUUAGGGAAAUACAAAGAUGAGAAUAGGUAUUAGAUAAUGUGGUAUGCUUAUUUUUCUUAGAAUAGGUAAGAUGUUGAAUUUAUAUUUCCCUAUCAUAUGCAUGCAAAAGUUUUAAGUUGACAAGUCAUAAUGUCUGCAGGAUAUUUUAAAUUGAAACUGUAGAAUUGAUCAGUGAUUGUUGAAUCUUCGUGGUGGAUAUAGAAUUUCUCAUCGGUCACCCUUUAAACUUGUCUGUAUGUAUGUUUAAAUUUAAUAAAAAU